GGGGAGACUAGGCCUUGGCAACGUGGUAAACACACACGGACCGUAACUACACACGUAGGCCUACACGGGGAGUGACCUCUCUCGUUAUCGACUAUCAUUUUUCGCAAAGAACCUAGUAUAUUUCACCCUUAAACUCAACAAAAUGGCAACAGAAGUAGAAGCUUCGCAAUCGGGUUCGCAAUCAUCUCGGCGGCCGCCCCGGCUGGACGUGCUGUCACGCCCGAAGCAGCUGCCCUCAACAUACCGCGAGGACAGGAGGUCUGUUUAUUGGGUAGACAAGCCCCCUCUCAUGCCAGGAUCUGAUGGUACAACAAAAUUUGCUUGUACAGACUGGGUGGGAAGCCUUAGCAACCACAAGCCUAUAUAUAGCAGAUACCUUAGUGACAGACCCUCACCAAAGUCGGUAGUUAGUAAAGCAGCCCAAAGCGCUGAAGCAAGUGAUCGUGUUACCGUUCUUGCCGGGCCAAAGGAUUGGGCACGACAUUUCACCCUCCACCGACCUGUGAUGACACACGUCUCCAAAGGUGCUAAGCAAGCCGGUCCAUCUGAGCGCAUCGAAUCCCUGGCUAAGCCCAAGACAUACCAGCCUCUUCAGAUCAAGGACAGUUGGGAUUUUGACAUCAACGUAUGGGACAAUGAAAUUUCAUCUGCUGCCAAGAAUGCUCGUUGCUCGGAACGCCUUGAAACUCUGGCAGAACCCAAGGCGCUACACAAUCACUUCCGUUUCGCCAACCCCAUAAGGUGGAACACAGAAGACUCCACAUUGAAAGCCAUUGCUACAUUGCGACUACAACAGCUUGCUCGGCCAAAGAGUCGUGGCAAGAAUGAGUACUUUGACCCAUACAAGGUUUCAUCAGCAGCCGUCCAUGCAAGAGCCACACCCAGAAUAGAUGAACUAUGUGCACCUAUACCACGAAAGGUGCGGCAAAAGAAGGCUGGAGCUCCAUAAAUUAUACUGAUUUAGAUGAAUAUUUGAAUUAUGAAAGAUGCAUGUAUCUCAAGCAAGGGGACAGCAUAAAAGACACUAUUAUCCUAUUAUCCUGUUGUCUAUAUAUUAUGAGCAUUAUCCAUUCUGUUUUUAAGCCAUAGUAUGUUGCAAUAUUGUUUAUUCAAAGAAUGCACACAAACAUUGUAAAUAUUUCAAUGGCGUGCUAUAAAAACUCUGAAGAUUUUGACUGAUUUAUUGAUAACAUUCCUUGUGAUACAAAUUUCUUUUCAGGUUCUGUUUUUCAUUUGAUUCUACAUUUGGUAAUAUGAUAAAUUCUUGAGGUUUUCCAAAAAUAUCUGGCGGUUAUAAGUGCCUAAUGAUAAUUCAUUACUUUCAUGAAGUGCUUUUAUAUUGUGACUACUUCCACUGUUUAAAUGUGCCUUCAUUUCUAAGGAUGGAAAUUCAUAUUGAGGUUGGUAAAGACCCUUUUCCCCCUCAUUUAUGAAGAAAGUUGAAAAUAUCGUUCCUUCGAUCUUGACUUCUUAGAAACUGAGCUGAGAGUGUAGACCUAGACAAAAUCAUGGAAACCGACAUUAAUAGGCAUACAUCUACAUGGCUUGAAUACAAUUAACUUAUUUUACUACUUCAUAUCAGUUUAUGCAAUAUAUUAGCCAUUAGUAGGGUGAAAAUGAAAGUGUCUGUUCUUUUGACGUUACCAAGGAUAUAAACAUGUAUGUAUGCUAUCAUUCACCUUGUUUUAUCAUUUAAGUGUCCUAAACAUGGUUUAUUAUAAACAAAUGCCUACUCGUGGUAGGAAAUCUCUUCCAAUGCAAAAGGGAGAUCCUUUGUUGACAUGAAUGAAAAUAAUGAUAUCCGUAUUAGUCUACAUUUUUAAAUAUCACCAGUAUGUGUGCAAGGUCUUUAUAAAAAAAAUAAAACAUUGAAUUCAGUGGAGAAAAAAAAGGAAGACAAAAAGUGUCUUGUGUGUGCAUAUUCAAGUCAAUAUAGUGACUCGUCUACAAAGUAUUAUCUUGUUAUUCAUUGAAAAGCUCACUGCUUGAGAGUCAUGAAGUACAGUAUGAAAUAAAGAAAGAAACAGUAUAUGAAAUAAUCUAUUUUGAUUCAGAUAAAUCUUGAAAACUGGUAUUGCUUGUACGAAUCUUAUUAUUGAAUCAAAUCAUAUUGAAUACCAUCUGCAACACUUCUCUAACAAAUUUGCUCAUGUGUAACAUUAAUCAUUUCUGAAAAUCAAUAACAAUGGCAAAUUAUAACAACUUAACUAAAUUACUAAAACAAGUGCUUUUUGUUAGCAAUGGGUACUUUUUGAAUUAUAGACUGUAAUAAAAAUUAAAAAGUUGGUUAUGCCAAAAAUCUGCAAUCUUAAAAAUUAGACAAAUCAUUCUUUUCCCUCAAUUGUUUUAAAAUGUCUAAUAAAAAAAUCCUCUUUUGGGAUUCAUACUCUAAAUUUUCCUUGUGCUAUACUUGGUAUUAUAUGUUUGCUAUCAUGAAGCUAGCAAUCCUUUAGUUGUGCUAUGCAAUUUGUCUCAAUGUCUGCGCAAUUUAUCUAUGCAGUCUAUGUAAAUAUGUGACUUUAUAUUUUAUUUUCUUGCUUUUUUCGGUUGUGGAUAAAUAUUGUUAUAUGUUGCAUGCCUGUGUCUCAUUGAAGCAGAAAGUCAAUAAAUCAGUUGAUACUUGGUUCAUGAAAUGUA